GUGCCUAAAACUCAGGCACGUAGCAGAAGCCAAAACAUGCAAUGCCAUUUCCAAUGGAAUGGGCAACCUGAAAUCACACCACCCAAAAAACAUCAAAAUUGAAUCAAAGGGAGCCAACACGAAGUGUUCUUCCUGUUAUCCCUUAAAAUUUGAUGCCUUUUUUCCAUAAAACUGCAUUAAAAAGGGAGCAAAGCUUUGACUUCUGAGAAACAAAACAUGGCAGAAUCCAAGGAUGACAAAGACAACUCGAAACUCGCUAGCUGUGAUGCAUAUUUCGAGACGGUUCAGGCCAGGAAGAAACUACCACAUUCUUUGCAGGAGACUUUAACUUCUGCAUUUGGUAGGAUCCCUGCUUCUUCCUUCCCAAAAGUGCCUGGCGGCAAAGUCAUUGAAAUAGAGGCAGAUACGACAGUCUGCCAUGCGGUUAAGGUUCUGUCGGAAUGCAAUAUCAUGAGCGCACCGGUUAGAAACCCAGAUGCAGGCGAUGGCCUUGACUGGAAGAAAAGAUACCUUGGAAUCAUCGACUAUGCAGCUAUCAUUCUGUGGGUGCUGGAGAGUGCAGAACUUGCUGCAGUAGCUAUAUCUGCCAGCACUGCUACCGCUGCUGGGAUAGGAGCUGGAGCUGUUGGUGCCAUUGGAGCAGUAGCAUUGGGGGUGACCGGUCCUGCUGCCAUUGCUGGCUUGACUGCAGCAGCUGUAGGUGCAGCUGUGGCUGGUGGUGUGGCCGCCGAUAGAGGCGUGGGAAAAGAUGCACCUACAGCAGUUGACAGCUUAGGGAAUGACUUCUAUAAAGUUAUCCUUGAAGAAGAACCCUUCAGAUCUACUACUGUAAAGACGAUCCUAAAGUCAUACAGGUGGGCUCCAUUCCUUCCAGUUGCAACAGACGGCUCAAUGUUGAGUGUCUUGCUUUUACUCUCAAAGUAUAGGCUGAGAAAUGUACCUGUGAUUGAGCCUGGGAAGCCAGAUGUGAAGAACUUCAUUACACAAUCUGCAGUAGUGCAGGGCCUGGAGGGAUGCAAAGGAAGGGACUGGUUCGAUUGCAUAGCUGCUUGUCCCCUUUCAGAUUUAGGACUCCCUUUCAUGUCCCCAGACAAGGUUAUCUGCAUACAAAGUGAUGAAUUGAUUCUAGAAGCUUUCAAGCUGAUGAGGGAUAACGAAAUUGGUGGUCUUCCUGUGGUGGAAGGGCCAAAAAGGAAGAUCGUUGGAAAUAUAAGCAUAAGGGACAUUCGAUUCUUGCUGCUGAAACGUGAACUAUUCAACAAUUUCAGGCAGCUUACUGUAAAGGAUUUCAUGAUGACGAUCUCAAGUCAUGAGAAUAGCAAAGUAAUGCCGCCCAUAACAUGCAAAUCAGAUGCAACACUCGGCAGUGUGAUUCACCAUCUUGCUUCAAAAUCUGUCCACAGGAUCUAUGUUGUGGAAAACCAAGACGAUGGAGUUGUUGGUGUGAUAACACUUCGAGAUGUGAUAUCUUGCUUCAUAUAUGAGCCACCAAACCUUUUCGAUGUCUACUUUGACUCUUCAAUCAAAGAAGUCCUCGAAAAGUAACGCAUCUGCUGUCAAACUUAGCUAUGUGGGUUUUCUGAAUAUGAUAGGUUGUGGGAUAGCACAUCAUGCUAACUCCCAUUUCUUACUAUCUGUGCCACUCCUUGAUGAUAGAAUUUAUAUAAACGUUAGGUUGGUUGAAGCUGAAUGUAACGUCCCAGCUAUGUUGUGAGCUGACAUUUGUAUGUAAUUUUCGUUCUUAUGCGACUCCCAUCAAACUAUAUCCAGGAAGUUUUUUCAGUCUUCUGUCAUUUAUCAUCAUUCUGAUUCUCUCUGCAUCUGUCCAUCUUCCACCAGCAGCAUAUAUAUUUGAAAGCAUCACAAAAGGAGUUGGAUCAGAUGGGUCCAACUCUAUCAGCUUCAUAGCCACUUGUUCUCCCAAGUCGGAAUGCAAGUGAUGCCUACAAGCACCAAGCAACGAGGCAAAGACUGAAGUGGAUUGCUCUGGUACAAUCUCCAUUAGCUUCCGAGCUUCAUCCAACCUCCCAUUUCGACCCAGAAGGUCAAUCAUGCAACCAAAAUGCUCUGGCUUGGGAAUCAAGCCAUAUUCAUUAGUCAUGCUCUUGAAAACCUGCCAUCCUUUGUCAACUUGACCAGUGUGACUGCACAGUGACAAAAUAGCAGUAAAAGUACCCGAAUUUGGCUUCAUCUUCUCCUUGAGCAUCUGAUAAAAAAUCUUGAAUCCUGAUUCACUCUCCCCGUUUGCUCCAUACCCUGAUAUCAUGACAUUCCAAAAUGCUGGAUCACUAGGCUUCAGGUAAAAUCCGUCAAAGAUCUUCCUUGCCCAAGAAACACUGCCGCAUUUCAUAUACAAGUCAAUCAAUGCUGUUGCCAGAAAUUCAUCAUUUUGAAUAUCAGUUCUUAUAGCAUGCCCGUGGACCUCUUUCCCAUGCUGCAUGGAGGAGAGAGAUGCACAAGCUCGCAGUAGACUUGUAACAGACUUCAAACUGGGGAUGGUGCCAGAAGCUUGCAUCUUUCUGAAGAAGUGAACAGCUUCACUGGCCUUAUCCAACUGUGCAAACCCACUGAUCAUCGAGUUCCAUGUUACUGAAUCGGGUUCCAACCCUUCGGAUUCUAAUAGUCCAAACAAUUUAGCAGCGGUGUCACUUUGACCAUUUAACAUUAGACCAGAAAUCAUCGAGUUCCACGUGACCAAGUUCCUAGUUCUAUUAUCUAGUUCGCAAAAGACAUCAUAUGCCCACCUCCAAGACCUACAUUUGCAAUACAUGUCAACAAGAGUUGUCCACACUUUAGUAUCUAGUGUCUCCAUUGUCUUCACCAUGAAUCCAUGGACUUGCUUCCCAAACUGAAGAUACAAAAGACUAGAACAGGCAGAAAGCACGGAGAUCAGAAUAACUGAAUUCGGCCUCUCACUUGAGCUCUCCCUCAUAUCCUUAAAAACGUUCAACACCGAACUGGGCAUCCCAUUAUCCAGAAGCCCAGAGACAAAAGCGUUAAAGCUCACCACAUUCUUGUUCGGCAUCUCUCCAAACAAUUUACUAGCCACGAUGAUCUCCCCACAUCCGCUAUACGCCGUCACCAACGCCGUCCCGACAUAAACAUCACCGCCCACGCCCAGCUUGACCGCCCAGCUAUGCACCUGGCGGCACAGCUCCGGACUGUAGCAAGCAGUCAGAACACUCGCCACGGUAACUGAAUUGGGCCUGAACCCAGCAAAACCCACCUCUCGAAACAAUGCAAAAGCCUCCUUGCAAAGACCGAUGCUCGCCGAUCCCGAGAUGGCAGCAUUGAGCGAGGGCAAGUUUGGGUGAGGCAUUUCAGCGAACACUUUGACUGCGUCAUGCGGCAAAAGUAGCUUCAUGUACAUGUUGGUGAGGGCAGUGGCCGAGUGGGUGUGGAGGUGCAAGCCGGAUUUGAGGAGCUGGGCGUGAAGGAUUUGGCCCUGGAGAGGGGAAUCGAAGCUGGCGCAUGCUUUGAAAAGAGGAGGGAAAGUGAACCCGUUGAAGGGAAGCCCGGCGGAGUGGAGCAGAGAGUGCAGGGAGAUGGCUUCCCUGUAGAGUCCACGGUCAAGCAGUUCGACUAUGUUGCGGUUCCGCUGCAUUUUGAUCCAACAAGCACUUCCUCAUUACCUGCUGCUAAUAGCCUAGAAAAGAAGACCCGGCGCGAAUUCGGCUGCCAACUGUUUGAAGCUGGAAACCGGGAAAGCAGUUGAUGUCGCCUAUCGGCCCUAGUGGAAACCGUGAGCUUGUUCGCCGCGCGCCGGUGGAAACUGCAGAGUUCGUGAGCCUUUA